AUGCCGAUGCGAUUGAAUCAGGACGCCUUCCUCCAAAUCAGCAGAAGGGCCAAGGCUACCGCUUCGGCGCAGCCGAAUCCAGGCGCCUACCGCUCCUGCACGGCUGAAUCGGAGCUCCGCUCGACAUCCUUGGCGGUCGUGAGCUUGGUCACUUCUGCCGCAAAAAUGGAUCUGCGAGCUUUGAGGUCCCAAAGUGUUGUACAAGAUUGUAAAACGGCACAUGAUAUUUCCAGUGCAUUGUCAUCUAAUUUUUCAGAUGAUGACAUCAAGUCAGUCAGUGGUGGGCUGUCUCCACCGGUCCAUUCGAGUAUAUGGGAUGGUAUGAUCCAACUGAAUUCUUCUAUCAAGUUUUUCAUGUCCGCCUUCUUUAACAGUGGAGAAAAAAUUCUAGAUAUUGUUUGGCCGGAUACCAUAGAAAUCAAAGGAAGAGUGAAACUGGAGGAUUUUCAAAAAUUUGUCAAGGACCUUCGUCACUCUAAAAACCGGUCAAUAAUGGUAAUUUCCCUGUGCUGUAAAGUUGGAUCCACAAAAGAUGGCGUAGGAGGAAUACAGGAGGUUGCAAAGAGAUUCGAAGUGAACCAAAGAGUUGGCUUUGCAGAGAUCGAAAAUGGUCCAUAUAUUUAUAUAUGUCCCAGAAAUGAGGCCGUAAUAACAAACCUUGGUAAAUAUGGUUUCUGGAAAGGCGUGUCAACAGUUGAUACAAAUCAAGACUCAUUAAUCGGUUUUGUUGUAUGGGACCGAAAUCCACUAGUAAAGACAAGCACGACAGAGUGCAGUAUUGAGAAAGUACAAGCAAUUCAAGGCAGUCAAGUGGAAGCACAAGAUGUGACAGAUGAUUUUCCAUCUCGGUAUGUGCAUGCUGCCAAAAUUGGUAAAGCGGUUUAUCACUCAGAAGCAGAAAUACCUGAUUCACCAUCCGAACUAGCAUCAAAAUUACUUGUGCAGUCGUCUCAGGUCACAUCAUUCAGGGUACCUUCCUUAAUAGCAUCUCCGACAUCACAGGAUUUGCAAAUGUCAUCACAUGACAUUCCCAGCAUACCUUUGGAAACCCUAGAAACUCGGCAACAUGUUCGUCCUAUCACGGACUCUCAUGCUGGAUCUGUGCAAGUGGAGGAACCCAAUUCAUAUUUUCAUGAAGUGAAAAAGUUCACUCUUGCUUCUAAACCUUACAAAACCGGUAUUCAUGGAUUGCCCCUGGAUGCUAUGGGGGAAGCUACCCCAUCUGAUUUAGCUACAGAAAAGAAUCAUAUAAUUGGAGGCUUGUCUGGCAGCAUAACACAACAAAAAUAUGUAUCAAGUGAUGACUCUCCAGAACUGCAGCAGUGUCCAUCAUUGUUGAAUCUCCAUUCUUCUCAUACACCUGAUGAUGAAGAGGACCUGCCAGAAUUUUUCUUUUCUCCUCCCUAUGGACAUGACAUAAAACCUAAUGUCCAUUCACUCAACAACGAUAUUGGAGGGACUGGACAGUUCCAGCAACCAUCGGAUUCAUUCUUUCAAGCUCGUGAGAAAAUUGGGGCCCAAGGAACUUCUGCAUAUAUUGGCUCAAGCAAAAUAACAAACCCAAUAUCUCAUUACGGUAUGGAAAGAGAUUGCUUUAGGGAGAAUACUGGCUUUGGUGAUGGAUACAGGAUGAUGUGGCAGUCCUCAGAGUUUUGUCAUGAAAAACUGCUUAAAAAUGGUCCAACUGGUUUGAGCCCGCCAGGAGAUGAAGGCUUAUUUUUCCGUCGUAGCCCUCAUGUAGAAGCAGUGCGAGGCUUAUUCCCUCGGCAUCCACCUCUGAUACCAGCAGAUCAAGGCUUAUUUGAUGGGCAUCGUCCUCCUCCACUGUCAGAUCAAGGAUUAUACCCUCUGUAUCCUCCUCAUGUACCAGCAGAUCAACAACUAUAUCGUCGGCAUCCUCCUCUGGUACCAGCAGAGCAAGGCUCAUAUCCACCACAUCCUCCUGAUCUACCAGAUCAAGGCUUCUAUCCUUGGCAUCCUCCUCCUAUACCAGCAGAUCAAGGCUUCUUUCAUUGGCACCAUCCCCGUGUACCAGGAGAUCAUGGCUUCAUUCCUCAUUGUCCUCCGAGUUUUGCACCAGGAUAUUAUGGAAACAACAAUGUCACUUCUCCUGGCCAGCAACAUUGGAUGUUUGGCCAACGACCUCAGACCAGCAAUGCUUCUGGAAGUUCACAACACAUGAGGCCGCCUAGAGGCUUUGCUCCUUGGCGCCCCAUGUCUCAUCCAAGGCCUGGGAACAAUCACCAUGGUUUUGAAAGAUCAGACGGCUUCUCUGGCUCUAGAACACGUCAUUACUCUGGACGUGAAAAUGGAUCAGGCAGCAGGCCCUCCAGCUCCUCACUUCAUUGGUGAAAUCAGUCUUGUCACAAGGAACAUUCUGAAUAAUUCGUCUUAGAUUGAUAAUCUUCAGCAUUACAUGCUAGACACCGAGACAUGGAUUCUAGUUUCUCUUUAAUUUCAUUUUGGAAUAGUUCCUCCCAGUUUCUCCAGAGCAGAAUUUAUGUGCUUGAUAUAUUAGAUUCAUUCUCCUGAUGGCAUGUCUACCAACAAGGACAACUCACAAGUCACAACAAUAUGUGUUGCAUCCCGCAUUGCUGCAAUUUACUUCUAGCAAAAAAAAAAACUAGUACUAGAUGAAAUCUUUCAUUGAAGUCUAAUGACAUUCUCUACAUUUUGGAUGAUAUAUAAAUGCUAGUAUAAUGUAGCGAUGAUCUUGGAGCAUGAUC